GGAAAUUUCGUGCAGUCAAGGAGAGCGCCACGGUGUGAAUCCAAAACGAAAGCCUUGGAAAUUGUACAAAGUCCAGACAAGCGAUCAGUCUUCACUUCUCCGCAACUAAUUCGUUUUCUUCACCCUGACUCUAUUAACAGCGCCUAGGUUGGCUCUCAUACUUCUCUUCUCUCUUUCUCACGCACACACAACGAAUUGAAUCAGUAGAAGCUGCGAAUCAGGUUGCAUAUCAAGUAUCUCUAUCUCCUACUUUGUUGAGGCACAAGAUCUUCCUAAAACUUUCAAAUUGUUGCAAUUGCAAGGAUUCCAUCCUAGGGUUUGUGAAGGAAAAUGCAAAGAAUUGAUUAAGGCUCUCAGGGAUCACGAUGGGGUUGCAUUCUCUUUGUAUUCUCCACGUUUGGAGACCAGUUACAAUUAGUUGGUUUUGGAUUUUCGUAUUAUUAAUUCCACAGCAUGGUAGAGGAGUACUUUCCACUUCCAAUUACUUGAUUGGUACUGGAAGUUAUGACAUUACGGGGCCAGCAGCUGAUGUCAACAUGAUGGGCUAUGCUAACAUGGAUCAGAUUGCGUCUGGCAUCCACUUUAGGUUGCGAGCUCGAGCAUUUAUUGUGGCAGAGCCACAGGGGAACCGGGUGGUAUUUGUGAAUCUCGAUGCUUGCAUGGCCUCACAACUUGUGACAAUUAAAGUGCUAGAGAGAUUGAAGGCAAGGUUUGGGGACUUGUAUACUGAGAAGAAUGUUGCUAUUAGUGGGAUACAUACCCAUGCCGGCCCUGGGGGUUAUCUCCAGUAUAUUGUGUAUAUUGUUACAUCACUUGGAUUUGUACGUCAGUCAUUUGAUGUUCUUGUUGAUGGCAUCGAGCAGAGCAUCAUACAAGCUCAUGAAAACCUCCGGCCAGGGUCAAUUUUUGUGAAUAAAGGAGAGCUUUUAGAUGCUGGUGUAAACCGCAGUCCUAGUGCUUAUCUCAACAAUCCUGCAGCAGAACGCAGCAAAUACAAGUAUGAUGUUGAUAAAGAAAUGACUCUUCUGAAGUUUGUUGAUGAUGAAUGGGGUCCAGUGGGCAGCUUUAACUGGUUUGCAACUCAUGGAACUUCUAUGAGUCGUACAAACUCGUUGAUAAGUGGGGACAACAAAGGGGCUGCUGCACGAUUUAUGGAAGACUGGUUUGAUCAGAAUGGUGUUAGAAGUGUCCAGCCUGAUGAAUCUGAAGCUAGAGGAAUUCCCCGUAGAAUCUCAAACAUAAUUCCUGGAUUUCAUGGAAAUCAUCACGAGUUGUUGGAAGUUGCUGCUGCUUUCCGGUCUCCUCCUGGUAAACCAGCAACCAGGCUUUUGAGUGUGGCAAGGCGUGUCAGAAGUGCUCUUAGGAUGGCUGAUAGACCUAGAUUUGUAUCUGCAUUUUGUCAAACCAACUGUGGUGAUGUUAGUCCAAAUGUGCUUGGCGCAUUCUGCUUAGAUACUGGGUUAUCUUGUGACUUCAAUCAUAGUACUUGUGGUGGGAAGAAUGAGUUGUGCUAUGGCCGAGGACCUGGGCACCCAGAUGAAUAUGAAAGCACUCAGAUCAUUGGAGACAGACAAAUGAAAAAAGCUGUGGAUCUUUUUAACACAGCAGCUGAGCAAAUAAAUGGGAAAGUUGAUUAUCGUCACAUCUAUUUGGAUUUCUCCAAGCUUCAGGUGACAAUUCCUAAACCAGGAGGAGGUAGUGAGUCGGUCAAAACAUGCCCCGCUGCAAUGGGGUUUGCAUUUGCUGCUGGAACAACUGAUGGACCUGGAGCUUUUGAUUUCAAGCAAGGAGAUGACAGUGGGAAUGCAUUUUGGAGAUUGGUGCGCAAUGUGCUGAAAGCGCCAAGCAAGGAGCAAACUGAUUGUCAACAUCCAAAGCCUAUCCUGCUUGAUACUGGUGAAAUGAAGGAGCCGUAUGAGUGGGCGCCUUCAGUACUUCCAAUUCAGAUCCUAAGAAUAGGGCAGCUGGUCAUUCUCAGUGUACCCGGAGAAUUCACAACGAUGGCUGGUAGACGUCUCCGUGAUGCUGUGAAAACAGUGCUCACAAGUGGAGGAAGAGGAGAAUUCAACAAAAAUGUUCAUGUUGUGAUAGCUGGGUUGACCAAUACAUAUUCACAAUAUGUGACUACUUUUGAGGAGUAUCAGAUCCAGAGAUAUGAGGGUGCCUCUACACUAUAUGGUCCACAUACACUCGGUGCCUACAUUCAGGAGUUCAAGAAGCUCGCAACUGCUCUUGUAAGUGGCCAAUCCGUUGAACCAGGCCCACAACCCCCAGAUCUGCUGAACAAGCAAAUUAGCUUACUAACACCUGUUGUGAUGGAUGCGACGCCACUCGGUGUAAAUUUUGGGGAUGUCAGCACUGAUGUACCUCAAAACUCCACCUUCAGGCGAGGUAACUUGGUGACGGUUGUUUUCUGGUCGGCUUGCCCAAGAAAUGACCUCAUGACAGAAGGUACGUUCGCUCUUGUGGAGAUUCUCCAGGGAAAGGACUCUUGGAUCCCAACUUAUGAUGACGAUGAUUUCUGCCUCCGUUUCAAGUGGUCAAGACCUGCCAAAUUCAGUACUAGAAGUCAUGCAACACUAGAAUGGAGAAUCCCAGAAUCUGCUGCUCCAGGUGUAUACAGAGUAAGGCAUUUUGGCGCCUCAAAGGGUCUUCUGGGGUCCAUUCGCCAUUUUACUGGUUCAUCCAGUGCUUUCGUGGUAGCUUAAGAAAGCCUGUGAUGUUUGUCCAUGUCUGUGCAUCUGAGCUGCUGCUAUGUAAUUAAAGCCUGUGAUGUUUGUCCAUGUCUAUGCAUCUGAGCUGUUGUUAUUGAAUAUAUCUGGGUUUAGACCUCAUGAAAUUGAAAGAGGAAUAUGGAAAUAAAGAAAGCUCAUGCCGUGAAAAGAUGGAAUGUCUUGUAACACACAUACAUUAACGAUGUUGAGGAUGACUGAUAAAUUCGCAAGCUCAUGUUGUGAAAAGAUGGAAUGU